GUGACUAAGGUAUAUUUAGCCUAGCAGAAUAGAUUGACCAGACGAAGCAGAACUUGUGCCAGAUUACGCUGUCGCUGGAGUUACAGUUGCAUAUAUACGCAUCACCAGAGCUUUCUGUGGAAGACUGCUAUCAUCGUUUAGGAGCAGGAACCCAAUAUUUAAAUCGAGAUCUAGUCAAAAGGAUAGCAUGGAUGGAAAAAAUGAUAGCCAAAGUCCUUCUAAAAAUGAGACUAUUAAAGCAUCAAAUAUGAAUGAAAAUGGAGCUAAUGAUGAAGAAAAGAAUGUUAUGCCCAUGGAAUUGUCAGACACUGAAAGUGCACGUGCGGCAUCCACAGCUGGAUCUGCAGAUACAUCAUCAACACCCGAAGACUCAAGAUCUCCCACAAUGGAAGUAGAACCACAAAGCAGUGUUCCAGCCAGCAUUCCCAAUGAGAAUGUCAUCCAAUUAGAGCUACCAGAACCAGGCCUUGCACCCCCUGAACCAGUUACAAAUCCAGAUGUUUCACCUCCUGAACCAGUUACAAAUCCAGAUGUUUCACCCCCUGAACCAGUUACAAAUUCAGACCUUACACUCCCCCAGCCAGUCAAAGAUUCAACAAGUCAGGAAUCAAAGAAUCAGUCUGAUAUUAAGAUAGAAGAUGAAAACAUUGAUUGUGAAAAGAAAAAGACUGGUGCUUUUGAUUCUAAGGCAGCAGCUGUCGUUGAAGGUGCAGCUGCACCAUCAUCUUCCUCCAUUGAUGACAAAGCUCCAAUACAAAGUGUCUAUCACGUAAAGUGGAUAACAUUUAAGGGGAAAAAUUUACCAAUUAUAACGCAAAAUGAAAAUGGUCCAUGUCCUCUAUUAGCCAUAAUGAAUGUGCUGUUGCUGAGUGAGAAGAUCUGUUUGCCUGCCAUGAUUGAAAUGGUCACCUCAGGGCAGCUUAUGGAGUACCUAGGGGACUGUAUAUUUGAGCAAGCACCAAAAAAUAUAGCUGAAGAUGCCCAGUUGAACUACGAGCAGAACAUGCAUGAUGCCAUGGCUGUAUUCCACAAACUACAGACAGGACUGGAUGUCAAUGUAAAGUUCACAGGGUGUAGUGACUUUGAGUACACCAGUGAGUGUAUCGUGUUUGACCUACUUGCAAUCCACCUGUACCAUGGAUGGCAGGUUGAUCCAGACCAGCUGGAAGUUGUCGCGGCAGUAGGAGGAUGUAGUUAUAAUCAACUUGUAGAAAAAAUCAUAGCCCAGAAGUCAUCUGAAAAACCAGAGCUCGUAACUGAAGCCUUAAUUGCUGAGACAUUCCUUGAGAAAUCUGCUUCCCAAUUGACAUACCAUGGCCUCAGUGAGCUGGUUACCACGGUGAAAGAAAAUGAACUAUGUGUCUUCUUUAGAAACAACCACUUUAGCACACUCUACAAACACAAGGAAAGUAUAUAUGAUUAUAGCGCUGCUACCAUAUCAGGUGAGAAAUGGUCUGGCAAGGAAUGUCCCUUUAAAGCAUUCCUUGAGAUACUUAACCAUGGUAACUGCCACUGGUCUGCAUUAACCAAGAAUAACUUGAUAUUGAAUCUUUCAUAA